GACUGUCAUUGAAGUGUAGUGUACUGGCCCUUUAAGAACCUCCCGACUUGCAGGCCUCGGCGACCCAGUAGCACCAUCUCCUGUCCGUCUCUAAUUUCAUAUUAUGCCGCUCUUACUUUUAUUAACGCCUAAACAAAUGAAAAUAACCACACGUGGUAAUAUUACAUACCCUUUGUGUUGGUUAGCGUAGAGCAAAAUAGGAGGUAUUUCCACGUUUCCUUCCGAGAAGCUAAUUACGAUGAUGUGAUGCUCUUUAGCCAGACAGUUAGCAUAAGUACACACAGCCGAGCUGCUGUUUACUCUUGCUAGCUUUACAUCUUUUUUUUUUUUAAUGUAAGAACACAAAUUACAUACCACACGCUGCAACCUGGAGGGAAUUGUCACACGGGCAUGCCAGAAGACGCGACGCAUUCCAAAUAAAAAGAGGGGCGCAAAGAUUUCGCUCGGUAUCGCGUGACUAUGGAUCCGAGCUCCAGUGCUUCGUCUGUUCCAGCAGCUUUGACCGUGCAGGUCUGCUUCCCCUCUGUGCGUGCAACGGUUCUGGACAAUCUGAAUCACCAGCGAGAGGAGGGCCGGCUGUGUGACCUCUCUAUCCAUGUGCAAGGCAAAGUGUUCAAGGCCCACCGCUGUGUGCUAGCUGCGUCCUCGCCUUACUUCCAUGACCAGGUGUUACUGAAGAAUGUGACAACGGUCUCCCUCCCCUCAGUCAUGGACCCAGUGGCGUUUGAGAGCGUGCUGAGUUCGGCGUACACGGGCCAGCUGAGCAUCGUUCACGAUGACAUCGUCAACUACGUCACCGUGGCCAGUUUCCUCCAGAUGUGGCACAUCGUGGACAAAUGCACCGAGAUCCUAAAGAGACCCCGAGUCUCGGCAGAAGUAACCACGCCGGAUGCCUCAGCGGUUCAUGCCGGCAGUGCAUCCAGACAGCAGUCACCAAGCAGCACUGACUGUUUGUAUCUAGAGCGAGAGGGAAGACGGAAAGAGGCUAAACCUGACGCUUUGCCUCCUUUAGCUACUUGGAGGCGCCCGCAGCAGUUUUCAAGGUGGGGGAGCUCGCGGCCCUCCUCGGCGCAGCACUUGGCCGACUCCCAACUGGAUGCCCUCCCGUUUGCGGAGAGCAAUUACACCUGCUGCGAAGAGCCGUGCGACGGCAAAACCGGCCAUUUCGCCCGCAGUUGUCCCAGCGUGGAGGUGCGGAAGCAGAAACUCGGGUAUCAGCCGCGAGGAGCUCUGCAGAGUGUGGACACGCAGCGUGAAAGAAGCAUAGACGAUGAAGGUGGUGAAACGUCACAGAGCAAGAAGAAUGAGAAAAGAGAGCUCGAAGCUGAUGAAGGAGUCGGAGAAGAGGCGGUGGGGAAGAAGGAAGGAUUUGCACAAACGGGUCAUUGUGGGGACUUGCAGCCCAUGUUAAUAGAGGAUGAAGAGUCAAGACGAGGGAUAGGGAAGAUGAGUUUGGCGGACGUACGUGAUAAACCGCAGAUGUUGUCCGGUGUCCCACCUUGCCACAAAGCCGAAAGCCCUUUGGGAGAACCCUGUGCCGUUUUAGCCCGAGUGCAGUGGCAAGCGGGUCCCUGGUCUCAACAAGACCCCAGACCACAGGAAGGGGAAGCGGUCGGUAAAGCUGUGGAUGGUUUUCAAUGUCUCGCAGAGGGGAAGUUUAACUCUGAGACAUAUGAUGAGAUUGAAGAUGGGACAGGGCAGGUUUCCCAGAGGCCUCUGGUGCCCCCGUCUCCUGACUUCACCAUGGCGGCCUCAGAGGGGAGCUGGCUCUCCACCAGCGGGGUGCAAAGCGGUCCGUCGUUUACCCUCUCCUCCGCUCGCCAUUUGCCCCCCUCUUCGGCCAGUCUGCCGCCGCCCCCGUCGCCUCCGACCCCGUCCUCGUCCUCCUCGGUGAUCAUGGCCAGCGCCCCCUACUCGGGCAAAGUCCACUUCUGCCACUGCGGCAAAGCUUUCACGCUGAAGAGCAUGCGGGACCGCCACGUGAAGAUGCAGCACCUCAACCUGCGGCCGUUCGGCUGCCCCGUCUGCACCAAGUCCUUCAAGAUGAAACAUCACCUCACCAAGCACCUGAAGACCCACGGAGGGCUGCGGCCAUACGAGUGCGGCGUGUGCGGGAAGAAGGUCAUCUGGAGGGACAGCUUCCUGAGGCACCAGGCCAGAUGCGAGAGGAUCGCGUCCUCCGAGGACAACGCGAGCUCGGCUCGGGCCGACUUGGACGGCGGCUACGGUUACGCCUUCGACGGCGGGGACGCCUUCCUCUCGAUGGGAGGGCAAGUGAAAGUGGAGGAGGUGGAUUUCCGCGGGGACAUGGAGGACGGCAUGAGUGGCCUCCUGGGAAGUGUGUCCGGGAUUGUGGAUGAACUUCGAACUCAAAAUUUGGACACUGGCGGUCAGGUUUACAAAGAGGAGGCAGGAGAGAACUUUGGUGAAACAAAGUAGUAUUGAACCAUAUAAAUAAGUGUACUAUAAGAAUCUAUUUGGGAUAUUAUGAGAUAUUUCCCCUGAAUUGUAAGGUUUUCUUUCAAUUUUGAAGCGUGGUUACAAAUGAAAGCUAAAGUCAAGAACACAAAAAAGUUGUUCUAAAUCUCUUAAUUGGAAGCUAAAAAAAAGAUCAAUGGUAAUUAGUAUGAGCACUAUAUCGUGGCACAUUUUUCAUUUGGUUGUUAUUGUACUUUGUUGUUACUUUUUUCCUUUUGUCGCCACAAUUUUUUUUUUGUUUCAACGGUAUCUCCAAUGGACCUUUCCGACUGGUGAUCUUAAGCCCCGCCCCCCUUAGCUACAGUUGCCAUGUCCCACAAGCUUCCAAAAUGGCCACUGAACCGAAAAGGUUCGAAUCGAUUCUCUAUCGAGUAUUCCAGAUAAUAUUGCAGUAUGUUUUUUUGCCAAAUGCGCCAGACUUGUCCAAGAGAGUUCUACAGAGAGGUCUCAACUAUUUCACGCAACGAUAUGUACACGGAAUUAAGAUUUUGGACGGCGCAGGACGCAAUGUCAAGAGUUACAGCGAAACGUUGGCGAUCGAUGCAAAAAAAAGUCUGAGGCCUCACAAACUUCUCAGCAACAGGAUAAAAUAGUGGAAUCGUACUGCACAUUUAAAGCAGGGUGAGUACUUUUUACUUGGAAAGAUCACAAGUAAUAUUGGAGUCUUUAUAACUGAAUUGGGUUUGAUUUUCUACAUUUAAACAAUGGUGAUUAACUCAGUCAGUACCGUAGUCACCAGAUGAAAAAGGUUGACUUGGCGUGUAAUCGAACCCAGUGCUCUGUCUUAAAAGGUCUUCAUGACAUUAACUUUUCCAAGCGCAGGCUACUGACGAGCAGGAUUGCUUGUGGGACAACAUGGCGGCAGGGGCGUGUCAAGCCAGGGCUCCUUAAGACAAUGCGGCUGUCUGAUUGUCUGUUAUUGUACGAGUGAUUGACAGGUCGGAAAGGUCCAUUAGCUGAAUGUUUGUCGGCCUAUAUCUAUCUGAUUUACAAUUUUGCAACAGUAUUUUCUUUGCAUUUCCAACAGCACCUAAAAAUUUUUGAAGAAAAUCUGGGAAUUGAAGGAAAGAUUCUUGUUUGAUAUUACAUGUCACGAUGCACUCCCACAACUCAGAAGUGGCUCUUUCGGAGCAAUUUUGGGAACUUUAAUGUUACAUUUUGGGAAAAAAUACUUCAAGGGAUGACUGUAAUGCGCUUAAGUACGUUUGUAACAUGCAGUGUUCUUACUGUUGUUUCUUUUGAACCUAAAUUUGCACAUGUAUUAUUUGCCUUCCAC